AGUGAUAUGUAGCUUUUUGGAAUUAAACUAUUGUUUCCCCAUCUGAGCUCAGAGUAGAUGAGAGAUGUAAUGUUUGUCUCUGUUGUGUUGAAGUCCAAUCAGGCAGGAGAGACCAGCCUCCCCUGUUCCCAGCUUUGUGUCCAUGAAGAGUGACAUGUCUAUGGAUCUACCUAGAGAGGGAGACUUUUCUUGUGAACAAAGAAACCAACAGGAGAGAUCAGAGUCAGAGAUUCUCAGUGGUCAGUCUUCCCAGAGUCAUCAAACAGACCUGGCCUCCAUAUUCAGUUUGCUUGAAGAGAAUAUUAUGACAUUUGUGAAGAAUGAACUGAAGAGGUUCAAGAGGAUUCUUAGUCCUGAACUCCCAGAAGGCUUUGAGAGUCAGAAGCAGGAUAAGGAAGUGGUGGAUGCUGAAGAUGAGAAGCAGGAGAGCAGUGCCAGAGAGGGGGCUCUGAAGAUCACACUGCACAUCCUGAGGAAAAUGAACCAGAAGGAGCUUGCUGACACACUGGAGAAAUAUGAACUUGCUGUGAUUUGCCAACGUGAACUCAAAUCUAAUCUAAAGAAGAAGUUUCAAUGUGUAUUUGAGGGGAUCGCUAAACAAGGAAACCCAACACUUCUCAAUAAGAUCUACACAGAGCUCUACAUCACAGAGGGUGGAACAGGAGAGGUCAAUAAUGAACAUGAGCUGAGACAGAUUGAGACAACAACCAGGACACAAGCAAGACCAGAGAAUGCAAUCAAAUGUAACGACAUCUUCAAACCCUUAACUGGACAAGACAAACUUAUCAGAACUGUGCUGACAAAGGGAGUCGCUGGCAUUGGAAAAACAGUGUCUGUGCAGAAGUUCAUUCUGGACUGGGCUGAAGGAAAAGCAAAUCAGGAUGUCCAAUUUGUAUUUUCAUUCCCUUUCCGGGAGCUGAAUUUAAUGAAAGGGGAUGAACACACUUUAAUUGAACUUCUCAAUCACUUCUCAAUGGAAACCAAACAAUCAAGAAUCUCCAACUAUGACAAGUACAAAGUUCUGUUCAUCUUUGAUGGUCUGGAUGAGUGCCGACUGUCCCUAGACUUCCAGAAGAACAAGAUCUGUUGGGACGUCACAGAGUCAACCUCAGUAGAUGUUCUGCUGACAAAUCUCAUCAAGGGAAAUCUGCUUCCCUCUGCUCUCCUCUGGAUAACUACCCGACCUGCAGCAGCCAAUAAGAUCCCUUCAGUGUGUGUUGACCAGGUAACAGAGGUACGAGGGUUCAAUGACCCACAGAAGGAGGAGUACUUCAGGAAGAGAUUCAGUGAUGAGGACCUGGCCAGCAGAAUCAUCUCACACAUAAAGACAUCAAGGAGCCUCCACAUCAUGUGCCACAUUCCAGCCUUCUGUUGGAUUUCUGCAAUAGUCCUUGAACACAUGCUGAAACAGAAGAGAGAAGAGAUGCCCAAGACUCUGACUGAGAUGUACUCACACCUUGUGGUGUUUCAUACCAAACAGAAGAAUGAAAAGUAUCUUGGGAAAGAAGAGACAGGUCCACACUGCAAUAAAGAGAGCAUUCUGUCACUGGGAAAACUGGCUUUUCAACAGCUUGUGAAAGGCAAUCUGAUUUUCUAUGAAAAAGAUCUGAAAGAGGCUGGCAUUGAUGUUAAUGAAGUCUCAGUGUACUCAGGAUUGUGCACACAGCUCUUUAUUAAAGAGGAAUGUGUGCUGUACCAGGACAAGGUGUACUGCUUUGUUCAUCUGAGCAUUCAGGAGUUUCUGGCUGCUGUAUAUGUGUUCCUCUCAUUCAUCAACAACAAUGAGAAUGUAAUGGACAAACUACAAACCAAGUCCAGUAUAUUUUCUUUGCUGUUCAGAGACAAACAUAAAGUUUCUGUCUACAAGAGUGCUGUGGAUAAAGCUUUACAAAGUGAGACGGGAAACCUGGACCUUUUACUCCGCUUCCUUCUGGGCCUCUCACUGGAGUCCAAUCAGAAGCACUUACGAGGUCUACUGACAAAGACCAGAAGCAGGUCAAAGACCCAUGAAGAAACAGUCAAGUACAUCAAGGAGAAGAUCAGGGAGAAUCCCUCUCCAGAGAGGUGCAUCAAUCUGUUCCACUGUCUGAAUGAACUGAAUGACCAUUCUCUAGUGGAGGAGAUCCAAAGCUACCUGAGAUCAGGACGUCUCUCAAAACCCAACCUGUCACCUGCACAGUGGUCAGCUCUGGUCUUUGUGUUGCUGACUUCAGAAAAGGAGCUGGAUGUGUUUGACCUGAAGAAAUACUCCAGAUCAGAGGAAGGUCUUCUGAGGCUGCUGCCAGUGGUCAAAGCCUCCAGAGCUGCUCUGCUGUCAGGCUGUGGAGUCACAGAGGAAGGCUGUGCUUCUCUGGUCUCAGCUCUGAGGUCAAACCCCUCACACCUGAGAGAGCUGGAUCUGAGUAACAAUGACCUGAAGGAUUCAGGAGUGAAGCUGCUCUCUGCUGGACUGGGGAAUCCUCACUGUAAACUGGAGACUCUGAGGCUGUCAGGCUGUCUAGUCACAGAGGAAGGCUGUGCUUCUCUGGUCUCAGCUCUGAGGUCAAACCCCUCACACCUGAGAGAGCUGGACCUGAGCUACAAUCACCCAGGAGACUCAGGAUUCAGACUGCUCUCUGCUGGACUGGAGGAUCCACACUGCAGACUGGAGAAACUCAAUGUGGAACAUGGUGGAGAGAACAGAAUGAAACCUGGGCUUAGAAAAUAUGUCUGUGAUCUCACACUGGACCCAAACACAGCACACAGACUCCUCUCUCUGUCUGAGGAGAACAGAAAGGUGACAUGGAGGAGAAAGAAGCAACAGCCGUAUCCUGAUCACCCAGAGAGAUUUAAGGACUGGCAGCAGGUGCUGUGUAGAGAGUGUCUGACUGGGCGCUGUUACUGGGAGGUAGAGUGGAGUGGGAGAGGUGCUGUUAUAGGAGUGACAUAUAAAGGAAUCAGCAGGAGAGGAAGGGGUGAUGACUGUUGUCUUGGAUACAGUGACAAGUCCUGGAGUUUGGACUGCUCUGACAAAAGUUACACUGCCUGGCACAAUAAUAAUUACACUACCAUAGACGUCCCCUCCUCCAGCCCCCACAGAGUAGGAGUGUAUCUGGACUGGCCAGCCGGCACUCUGUCCUUCUAUAGAGCCACCUCAGACACACUGACCCACCUGUACACAUUCACCUCCACAUUCACUGAACCCCUCUAUCCAGGGUUUUAUGUUUGGUAUGUUGACUCUUCAGUGUCCCUGGAAAUAAUAACCUGACACACACACACACUGGACACACACACACACUGGACACACACACACACACACACACACACUGGACACAUAUACACACACAUUGGAUACACAAUCACACAAUGGACACACACACACACACACACUGGACACACACAAUAAAACUGGACACACACACACUGGACUCUGGACACACAGACACUGGACACACUCAAACACACACACACAAACACAAUAUUGUAUAGCUAAUCUUGUGGGAACAUACAAUUCAGUCCCAUUCAAAAUCCUAUUUUCCCUUACCCCUAACCCUAAACCUAACCCUAACCCGUAUCCUUACCUUAACACUAACCCUAAACCUUAGCCCCUAACCCUAAACAUGUGCUUAAUGUGCCCCAGCUGUGGGCCAAGAUGUGACAAAUUGGGCUGGAGGGAAAUUUGAACCCGUACCUCACCUCGGUACCUCUUUGUCCAUCAAAGGGCCAUGGCUCAACAUGUAGUACAUGAGCCUCAUCUGCCAACCCAGGUUUGAUCCCCACCUAGGAUAUGCCCAAGGUGUAAGGUUGGACAUAGUCCAAACUUGAACUUUUGCUCCAGAGACUAUGUCCAGCCUGUGCACCUGGUGAUUGUACGGGUUACCAGGCGCACGUUUUUUAAAUGUUUUUUUAAUGCCUUUAGGGGUGUUCCAGGGCUCCAUGCCUGGGUAGGGAAUCCCCCAACCGGGAUUGUCCAGAAGGAGGUGCCACUUGCCAUUUUAAGCCGUUUUUAAUCACUAAUGUACAGUGGGGCAAAAAAGUAUUUAGUCAGCCACCAAUUGUGCAAGUUCUCCCACUUAAAAAGAUGAGAGAGGCCUGUAAUUUCCAUCAUAGGUACACUUCAACUAUGACAGACAAAAUGAGAUUAUUUUCUUCCAGAAAAUCACAUUGUAGGAUUUUUAAUGAAUUUAUUUGCAAAUUAUGGUGGAAAAUAAGUAUUUGGUCACCUACAAACAAGCAAGAUUUCUGGCUCUCACAGACCUGUAACUUCUCCUUUAAGAAGAGAGAGAGAGACACACACACAUUGGACACACACACACUGGACACACACACACUGGAGACACACACACACUGGAGACACACACACAUUGGACACACACACACACACUGGAGACACACACACACACUGGACACACAGAGACUGUAAAUUAAAAUGUUAAGUGUAUGUGUCCACAUAACUGAGUAUUAGACUAACCUUGUGAAACUGUCAUGUUAUAAUCUCCUGUCCUUCUGAGUAUAAUUCUGUGUUGCAAACCAGUUUGCUCCUGUGUCCUGGUAUAGAAUAAAAGGGAACUGAGAGUUCCUCCCAACAAUAGGAACUAUAAAGAUAUGUGCUGAUCAAUGUUUCUGAAUUCAGACUGUCUACACUGUGGAACUCUGUUAUUCUCUCUGAGAUCACAAUGCUUCUGAAUUCAGACUGUCUACACUGUGGAACUCUGUUAUUCUCUCUGAGAUCACAAUGCUUCUGAAUUCAGACUGUCUACACUGUGGAACUCUGUUAUUCUCUCUGAGAUCACAAUGCUUCUGAAUUCAGACUGUCUACACUGUGCUGUGGUACUCUGUUAUUCUCUCUGAGAUCACAAUGCUUCUGAAUUCAGACUGUCUACACUGUGGAACUCUGUUAUUCCCUAUGAGAUCACAAUGCUUCUGAAUUCAGACUGUCUACACUGUGGAACUCUGUUAUUCUCUCUGAGAUCACAAUGCUUCUGAAUUCAGACUGUCUACACUGUGGAACUCUGUUAUUCUCUCUGAGAUCACAAUGCUUCUGAAUUCAGACUGUCUACACUGUGGAACUCUGUUAUUCUCUCUGAGAUCACAAUGCUUCUGAAUUCAGACUGUCUACACUGUGGAACUCUUUUAUUCUCUCUGAGAUCACAAUGCUUCUGAAUUCAGACUGUCUACACUGUGGAACUCUGUUAUUCUCUAUGAGAUCACAAUGCUUCUGAAUUCAGACUGUCUACACUGUGGAACUCUGUUAUUCUCUCUGAGAUCACAAUGCUUCUGAAUUCAGACUGUCUACACUGUGGAACUCUGUUAUUCUCUCGGAGAUCACAAUGCUUCUGAAUGCAGACUGUCUACACUUUGUAUUCUUUCUGAGCUCAGAAAUAAAGAAUCUUGGUUUCUUGGA